AUGUCGGCCUCGAAGUUGGUCCGGUCGCCCAAGUAUAAGCUCAAAAAGAAAGCGAGCAACACUGAAAAUCUCCAAAAUUCCGAACAACGCUCUGAGAAUUGCACCUUGGACGAAGCGGAAGCAGCCGAUGAGAAAGAGGAAAAAACGGUCAGCAUCCGGAAAGCAGUCAGUAUUCGUAAAACUGUGUCCAGCAAAGCGAUCGUUCAAGUACCCGUACCAGAAGCUCCGCCCACUCACUUCUUGCCGGUUGUGAUCCAAAUCGAUGCGACAACGUGGAGCAAGUUUAUGGAGCACGUGGAUAUCAAUCGAAAUCUACUGAUCACUUUUGUUAGACGCCCUUUGAUGUCUUCAUUUAUGCCGGGAGAUCAAAUUACAAUUGUCGAUGGAUCACCGUUUUGGACACUUGAAUCUCUCAAAGACUACAUCGGGGACACCCUAUUACGUGGACGUCCUACUGUAGCAAUUACAGUAAUCCGUGCGUGGAAUUUGAGUUGUUUGAGUAAAGAACAAAUCGAUAAAAUCGCACCGCUUCCGGAAGAGAAGCUUCACUACUUUUCGGUUAAGAUUUAUUGUCAGAAUGAGGAUGCUGGAUUGAUGUUGUGUUCGGAUCGUAAGAGAGUUCUGGUCCAGCAUCUCCGUGCGAAGACCCCAGCUAGCCACGUCUUCUUGGUUGGAGAUCAAAUCCUUGGCGUCAACGAGGAGAUCUACGAGACCAAAGACAAAAGACCACUUCGAAAGCAAAUCAAGAAGCAAAUCGAGCAGUCUGCAAAGAAAAACGGAUUCGCUGAAAUAAUUGCCUGUCGUCAAAUCGGAGCACGCAGCUCACCGGCACCGAGUCUUGAGGCGGAGCUUGCCGAGAAGUUUCCAGAGUACGCGAUUGGUGUGGAGAAGGGGAUUAAUGUGGAGAAGAAGAUAAGCCUGCCACUUGAAGCGGAUGCUUUGGAGAUCUCAAUGCGAGAGUUGACAUGGUUGAAAUGUUACGAAGGAAGAGAUGGAUUUGAGAUUCCAAUAUGUGACAGAGGAGAAGACAUGGACUUGCCUUUUACCCAAGAAGAAGAAAUCGAACAAAUGGAACUUCCUGGCCUCCCUCCUCAAACAUCAUCUACAAAUGUGACACCAUCUUCGUCCAUUACUCAACUCGCUGAGCCGGCUCCCGUUCCUCUUGCAAAAUCUGGUUCCAACACUUCCACUCUUCCAACUACCACGAUCUCGGAGAAGGUGAUAGAUCCCGCGAAGCAAGAGACUUCGAAAUUGGAGCCGCCCGUCGUGAAAACAGAAAAUGAGAAGUCAGUAGUUGGAAAAGUUGAAAAUAAGGAGAAUCCUGAGAACAAGGAGAAUGUGGAAAAGACGGAUAAGGAACUGGAAAACUCGAUGGAUUGUCUUCCAAUUGCAGACACACCGAGAAAACGGAGUAUUUUCAAGAAGGAGGCGGAGCCAGGGGAUCGGACGGUUACUAUCAAGGACAUCCCGGAAACCAACAAAAUCACAUCGGAUAUUCCAGAGGAGGACGAGAUGAAGAAGUGUGAUGCACGGUCUGGAAUGAUUGCCUACAUCAAGAAUAUUUUCAAAUGA